GCGUCGGACGCAAUUGCGGAGGCCUAGAAACAUGGAGGCGGCGGGUGCUGGGGCUGGGCAGCCGUCCUCUCGUCUGGAGGCUCCGGAAUCUACAGACGAUCGGCUUUUCCUGAUUAAAGGUGGAGUUUUCCUUGGUACUGUUGCUGCAGCAGGAAUGGUAGCCGGAUUUGUUACAACAUUAUCAUUGGCUAAAAAGAAAAGCCCUGAAUGGUUCAAUAAGGGAAGUAUGGCCACGGCUGCCUUACCGGAGAGCGGGUCUAUCCUUGCCUUGCGAGCCUUGGGUUGGGGCUCACUUUAUGCGUGGUGUGGGGUUGGUGUGAUCAGCUUCGCAGUCUGGAAAGCUUUAGGAGUACACAGUAUGUUGUGCCAGACAUUUUAGACCUAGCAGAUUACUUAAUCUUCACAAUAAUUAUGAAGCAGGUAGUAAUAUCCCCCAUUUUAUAAAUGAGGAAAUUGGGACUCAGGUUAAGCCAUUUUUCCAAGAUCACACAGCUUAUAAGGUAUUAAUAUCCCCCAUUUUAUAAAUGAGGAAAUUGGGACUCAGAGAGGUUAAGUCAUUUUUCCAAGAUCACACAGCUUAUAAUUGACAGAGUCAAGAUUUGGAUCCAAGUCUGAUAGUCUUUAAAACCUAGAUUUUUUUUCCCCCCAAUGUUACCUCCCUUAGCUAAGAUAGGAAAUCAAGGAGUAGGUGGAAGGGGCCGGGAUGAGGGGAAGGAGGUGGUUAAUUUGGUUUUGAUUAUGAUGUGAUCCACACCCACACAUUCUUAGUAACUUGACAGGUUUUACUGGGUAUCUUCACUGUGGGUCUCAUCUCCCAACAUUGUAAUUAACAUCAGUCUGGUAUAGGACCGGCCAUUUUCUCAUAAAAAGGAAGACCUCCUUUUAGCCUUCAUCUGCAGUAGAAAAGUCUUUAGGAUAUAAUGGUAAAGCAGUAUUCAUAUGUAUAUAUAAUAUGAGAGCAAUUAUUGAAAACAAGUGGAAAAAACUGAGAGAAAAUACGUCUGGCAGAAAUUUGAAGUUUUUGGGGUGCCUGGGUGGCUUGGUCCGUUAAGCCUCUGACUUUGGCUCAGGUCAUGACCUCACUAUUCGUGAGUUCGAGCUUCGCAUCAGGGUCUGCCAAGACAGUGCAGAGCCUGCUUCACAUCCCCUGUCCCCAUCUCUCUCUGCCUCUCAACUUGCACUCCCUCAAAAAUAAAUAUACAUUAAAAACAUUUUUUUAAAAAGAAAUAAUGUGGGUGAAAUAUAGGUGUGGGGGUGAAUUUUUAUUUUACUUUUCUGUGUUUCUUAAAUGUGUAUUUUCACAAUAGAACCCUUUUGAAACAAUAGUGCUAGAUUUUAUUUUUAUUAAUUUAUGCUAAAAAUGAAGCACAGCUGCCUAGGAGUUCACAAAACCCCUUCAACUAUGUAUGAAAUCUACUUGGGGGCAUGAAAUACUUAAUUAAGCUUUUAGUUUCUAUAAAAAUGAUGGUCUGUUAGCACUUUAUAUUGACUUCAUGGAAAUGAUUGGUGAUGUUUCCAGAACUUAGUAAUGUAGGUCAUAAACUGAGUAAUAAAGUUUUAAGAUAUUUGAAAAUAUGAAUAGUCUUUAAAUUAGAAGAGUCAUAAUAAAUCAAUCCAAAUUUCCAUAGACCAACAAAACUAAGUUAUUUAAGUUAAGUUAAAUGCUCAAGAACUUGGGUUUUAUGGGCUUUAUGGUGCUAUUCUAGCUUCUAGAAUGUGAGCUUCUUUGUUUUAUGGCACCAAUAGGAGGAUUAUUGCCUAGAUAAAAUAGUUGAGCAAGAAAAAUUAUUUUCUGAUUGGCACUACUGAAUACAAUGAUACUUGGAAUCUUUUUAUAUAUUCAUGUCUUUAACUAAAAAGUGGGAAUAUAAAUCUACUCUUUCCCUACCUGUAGUUCAUUAGGAAUAUCAGUUUGAUCUCCACAUCUGAGAAGUCUCCCAGAAAAAUGAUUCACUGACAGCUUUUCAAGAGCACACCUUUUAAUAGCAGUAGUGUUUGUUAAUUUGUUCAUUCAAAAGACAUUUGUGGGCCUACCCUGAUCCAGGCACUGUGCCAAGACAGGACUCCCCAGUAGACCGUUAUUAUGGAAGACUUAGUUUUUAAGACUCUCUAAGCAAAUUCUUAUUAUAUGACCCACUCUGAAGCUUGUGGAAAGCAAUAUGUAUAUUUCAGUUCUGCAUCUAGAGAGUUUUGAUGAUAAUUGUGAGGUUGCCCUGAGUCCAGUGUGGAACUUUUAUCACUAUUUACUGCCUCACAUUUGGAAAUGUCAUCUUUCUCUGACUAAAAACAGUCUCAGAAAAUGCUGAACAGAAAUGGCCCAAGUGUGUGUACUCAAUAAAUAGUUGAUAUGACCAUUCUAGAUAAAUUCAGGUAAAUCAAAAUCAAUUCCAGUGUCAAAUAAUUGUUGGUAGCUACCCUGGACUGUAUUAAAUUGCCAAUAUAAACCCAGUUUAAAAAAAAAAAAAAAAAGGGUGCCAUCUAAUGGCUGAAGGAGAGCGGUUUACAUUCCCUGUUUU